AUGGUUGACAGCGACGUCAACUCCCCGACGUGGAAAUUCACACAAUGUUUCGGCGACAAGGGAGAUGUGGAAGACAUCACGGAAGCCGAUAUUAUCUCCACCGUCGAGUUCGACCACACUGGCAACUAUCUCGCCACUGGCGACAAAGGAGGAAGAGUCGUACUGUUCGAAAGGAACGAAACGAAGAAGUCUUGCGAAUACAAGUUCCAUACCGAGUUCCAGUCCCACGAGCCCGAGUUCGAUUAUCUGAAAUCCCUUGAGAUAGAGGAGAAGAUUAACAAGAUCAAAUGGUGCCGCCGACAGAAUGCCUCGCAUUAUCUUCUAUCGACCAACGACAAGACAAUCAAACUUUGGAAGGUCUUCGAAAAGUCACUCAAGGUCGUGGCCGAGAACAACCUCUCCCAUGAUUUGACGCCUGCCAAUGUCGCCGGUGGCGGUGGCGCCCCUCGUCCUCCGCCAUCUUCUUCUUUCCAGACAGCCGAUGACUUGAAGCUUCCGCGGUUGACGCAUCAUGACACAGUAGUUGCUGCUGUGCCACGCAGGACCUAUGCCAAUGCUCAUGCCUACCACAUCAACAGCAUCUCAGUCAACAGCGACGGGGAAACGUACAUCAGCAGUGAUGACUUACGGAUCAACCUAUGGAACCUGAAUAUCCAGGACCAGAGCUUCAAUAUUGUGGAUAUAAAACCAGCCAACAUGGAGGAGCUGACCGAAGUCAUCACAGCGGCCGAGUUCCACCCUCAAAGCUGUAAUUGGUUCAUGUAUGCCAGUUCAAAAGGCACGAUCAAGCUGGCAGACAUGCGGGAGAGUGCACUCUGCGACCAGCAUGCUAAGAUGUUCGAGCAAGAGGAAGAUCCCCAGUCCAGAUCCUUCUUUUCCGAGAUCAUAUCUUCGAUCUCUGAUGUGCGAUUCUCGCAUGACGGCCGUUACAUCCUAUCGCGCGACUACCUGACUGUCAAGAUCUGGGAUAUCAACAUGGAACGUCAGCCGCUGAAGACGAUACCGAUACACGAGCAUCUGCGACCUAGGUUGUGCGAUACUUACGAAAACGACAGUAUCUUCGACAAAUUCGAGGUCGUAUUCUCCGGCGACGCGAAGAACGUGAUGACUGGCAGCUACAACAACAACUUCAUGAUCUACCCUUCAGAUCCUGAGGCGGAAACCGAGGUCGUACUACAGGCGGACAAAUCGGCUUUCAAGGCAAAGAAGAUUGGAGUACCGACGCCCAUCAAUUCAGCAACGAGCCCUACUUCCAACGGCAAGAAGAGCGGAUCAAGAGCAGGCAGCCCGUCGGGGGGCGCGCAGCGCAUGAAGAGGGAAACAGAUGCUGAGCAAAUGGACUUUAACAAGAAGAUUCUUCACAUGAGCUGGCAUCCAUUCGAGGACAGUAUUGCCAUUGCGGCGACAAACAAUCUCUUCGUCUUCUCUGCGUUGUAG